AUGCCUCAUGAAUCAAGGUUCGUGGACGCGGUGAUUGGUGUGGUAGGAGACGCACAGGUGUUCAGUGUUCGGCCAGAGAGCGUGCAGGUGUUGGCAGGUGAGGACGUAAUUCUCAGGUGUGUCGUGGCUAAUCAACAAGGCAAGGCACAGUGGACUAAGGAUGGCUUUGCAUUGGGGUUCGAGCGUGACGUUCCGGGUUACCCUCGUUACCACUACAUAGGUGACUCGAGUAAGGGGGAGCAUCACCUGGUUAUCAAGGGGGUGACACUCGAGGAUGAUGGAGAAUACCAGUGUCAAGUAGGACCUACCAUCACCACCUCCCCCAUCUGGGCUGCUGCCAACCUUACUGUCAUGGUGUCGCCUACGAGCAUUAGUCUGGUGGGUGUUGGUGACGGGGACGUGGUGGAGGUGAGAGCAGGCGACACACUACGGCUCGAGUGUUUGGUGACUGAUGCCAGGCCGCCUCCUACCCUGGCAUGGUAUAGAGACGCUAUCACUCUACAUAAAGGUCUACACGAGGAUGUAGUGGAGGCGUCAAGACUACCCCGGAGGUGGAGUGUGAGGAGCCGCCUGGUGGUGAGGGUGGAGGCGGUGGAUGACGGUCAACAGUACUCAUGCCGCGCCCUCCACCCUGCCCUCCACCACUCACCCACCACCCUCGUCGCCUCCGUCAACCUGGCUGUACUGCAUGCCCCUGGACCACCUGUAAUCACCGGGUACGAGACAGGUGAGGUACUGGUAGCAGGGGAACAGCGCACCUUAAUCUGCCAGGUGGUGGGUGGACGCCCUCGACCUUGGGUUACCUGGUACAGACACGGCCGCCCUCUCAACCACGCCUCCACACACAUACUCCGCGACCCCGAGGAGUCCUCCAGCACCAACACGGCCUCCACCUCCUCCUCCAGUAGUGAAGGGAGGGCGUGGAAGGGCGUGAGGAUAAAGCAGGUAGUGAGAGCAACACAGGAAGAGGAUGGAGCCGUGUACGAGUGUCGUGUAUCAAGUGAUCUGUUACCCAGACCUUUAACAACUAACGUCACCCUCACUGUACACUACGCUCCGGCCCAGGUGAUGGUGUUUGGCCCAUCAGUGGUGGCGGCCGGUCAACUCUUCUCUCUCACCUGCCGCACCUCACCUGCCAACCCCCCGGCCACCCUCACCUGGCAUCUCCAAGGGUCACGGGUAUCUACGGGCACAACUGAAGUGAGUGAACAUGAAGGAGGUGGGUGGGUGAGCACCUCCCAGCUGGCCAGGACCCAGUUGAUGACACAGGCAACAGCGGACUGCCAGGCGACGCACCCAGCCGCCAAACACUCCAUCUCUUACACCCAUCUUAUUGCUGUCAUCAAACGCCCAGGAUGGCCAGAGGUGGAGGUGGUGGAAGGCGGGGAGGUGAAGGCAGGCGAACAAAUGACUGUGUUGUGUACCUCCCGUGGCGGUAAUCCUCCACCUACCCUCACGUUGUUCAAGGCUGGGCAGAAGGUGACGUCGACGGUGGAAGAACGUGAGGAUGGGUUGACGAAGGCCCGGGCAGUGCUACAGGUGACUGCAGCUGAUAAUGGUCAACAACUCACCUGUCACGUCUCCAACCCGGCCACCAGCACGCCCAUGGCCGCCCACACCACCAUCAACAUCCUCUUUCCAGCAUGGGAGGUAUCAGGGUGGGUGAGUCCAGGCAGGGUGGAGGCCGGGGAGGUAGCCACCCUGACCUGUGAGGCCACCUCCAGCGUGCCGCCCUCCACCAUCACCUGGCACACCACCGGAGCUCCUCUGGGGGAGGCCACUGUCACCCACUCCCAGGGCCUCUAUGGUGGCACUAAUACCAGGUCGGAGGUGAGCGUGAGGACCAUGGCUGAGGAUAACGGGAGGACCUUUACCUGUGAGGCGGAGAAUGGCCUGGGUGUCUCCCUGUCCACUAACGUCUCCCUCAACGUCAUGCAUGGGCCAGUGUGGGUGUGGGCGCCAUCAGGUACUCUGGACGUGGUGGAGGACGAGGACCUCACCAUCACCGCUCUGGCCGCCGCUAACCCAGGACCUGUGAGGUACUCGUGGUGGCGUGGACCAGCUGCCAUGGAGGGGGAGUUAUCUGAUGGAGGCAGUGGGCAGCUGACACUGUUGCGGGUAGAUCGUCAUAUGUCUGGGGACUACACUGUCAUUUCCCGGACUUCACACUCUGCAAUAAACUCUUCCUUCGUCAUCAAUGUACAGUAUGGUCCUGAGGAUGUGUUGGCAGCUGAACGGGUGACAGUAGACGAAGAUGGUGCCGCCACAGUGCUGUGUUCUGCUACUGGCAACCCCACACCUAACAUUACCUGGACCAAGAACUCUGAUAACACCAGCUUGUUGACAGUGCUGGCCUCGGGUGUAGGUAAAGCUCGCUUAGUGGUGGAAUGGGCAUCACGGGCAGACACGGGUAUCUACCACUGCCACGCCUACAAUAUUGUUGCAUCAUAUCCUCCCCUCUCUACGGCCAUUGUUGUGACUCAGGAACCAACUUCAGCCACCACAAACACACAAGAGGAAGAGAUGAACAGAUCCUGGGCACACAUUGGUGGGAGUGGAUGGCUGGACUGUCGUGUGAAGGCCGCUCCAGCACCAACCUUCAGGUGGACCACCAGCAACAACCGGGUGGUGUCUAACAGCAAAAAAUACUUCAUCCAUGUUCCUCAGCUGGUAGACAAGGUGAUUGAGUGGUCAUCACUUUUAGAAAUCAGAAGCAUCAGUAUCCGUGACUACAUCAACUACACCUGUACGGCUCACAACUCUCAGGGGUCGUAUGCCAUCAACUUCACACUUGGUCCGCCCAUCAUCCCGGGUAUCCCAGAUAACUUAAACAUUGUGACAAUGUCCACUAGUGAUGCUAUUGUAACAUGGAGGAAAAAUAUCCUUGGAGCUCAACCUACAGGCUAUACUGUAAGGUACCAGGCGACUGAUGCUCAAAACUAUGAAUAUGUGGAUGUUCCUGGUAAUAACUCGACAACCACCAAGAUCACAAAUUUAACACCAGGUGCAGAAUAUUCUUUUGUCAUUCUGGCCUACAAUGUGCAUGGCCACUCAAACUACAGUUACCCGCCCAUCAAGGUCACUUUGCUCGGCUUGGUGGAGGAAGUUGCCAGCAGCAGUAGUGUGGAGGGUCAGCAGCCCAGAAUGCCUCUCCUCAUCCUGCUUCUCAUCUCCCUCACUGCAACAGCUCUUCUAGUCCUCAAUGUUGCAAUAAUUGUCUGCUUUGUCAGAAGACGGGCCAUGAAAAGAAACAUAUCUGCUUCUUCAAGCAAAACAACUGCCUUAGAAAUUUACACCCCAACUUCUGGAGCAGCUGCCAGUGGAGAUGAGCUGCCAUUAACUUCAUUUAGUGACAUUCCACCUCCAGAGUACCAGUCUCUUGAUUGUCAAACGAGGGAGGACGACUGUGAACAGACUAGUCUUAUCAGUCCACACAUCAAUGUGGAGCCGCCAGAACCACUCGUUACGACACCAACCAUUGGAACAAGUCCUAGAUCUGGAAGUACAAGUCCCUUACUCAAUGGGGGGAUCAGUGUGCAGAAUAAUGAUACACUGCUUGAAAAUACUAAACUAUCUCCGACUGAUACGGUAACCAAUUUGACUCCUGGUAGCCCUUCAAAACAAGAAAGAAAGAUGUCUAAAGAUUCUAUUACUCCAGUUCAUUCGUCAAAUACUCCAGAUGUUUGUCCAGUGACGACCAGUAGUUGUGAACCUUUACUCCAGCAACAAGAAUCCUUUAAUACGUAUUCAGAAGAUGAUCAGGGGUCUCUGUCGUCCCACCAUAGUAACAGCUCGUAUGGUUUUGAAUCGGGACAGCUACGCCCGAAGCUGUACUCCUCGUACCAACCAAGACUGACCACUCAAGUUAUAUAUCAUGGUCAACCACACAUACAGCAACAGUUAGAGCAGCAACAACAACAACAACAACAGCAGCACUAUCAACAAAGCUUGCCAUGUUGUCAACAAAUCUCACCAUCAAUGAAAGACAAGCAGUUACUUAAUCCUAUUUCAUCCUUACAUUCACAUCUGAAUCCUUCUAGACUUUCAACGUCCACUUCAAGUUGUUGUGAUGCCACUUGCAGACAGUCUUAUGUCACAGAUACGCCAGUGGGGUAUGCCACCUUACAGCCUCGGAGAAGUUGUCUGAAAGCUUCACAGUGCAACACUCUACAACGUUCUCACUCAGACCACAACUACACCUACAAUAGCCUGCAGUGUGUGUAUCACAAUCCCGUUAUGGAACUUAAUCCGGAUAUUUGUUGCCAGAACAGCUUUUGCAGCAACCCUCAACUCUGUACUCAACAAAGUCAAAGAAGUCAUUAUGAGAGAGCACAAGAAUUUCCCAUUUACUUGGCGAAGUCGAGACCUGUUGAUAGAGGAUGUACCAGACACAACAGUGAUAGUGGACAUUGUACAUAUAGGAAUACUCCUCCCUAUGAACCAAAGCAUUCCACAGUACCACCUGACUUAUGUAAAGUAGAACCAUCCAGCGCAAAAAGAGUCGGGUGGAAGGAAAUAGUCCCCGACAGUCCUGGAAGAGGGACACUAGCUUCCCGUGGUUCAACCGAUACUUCAACAUCAUCGACUACCUCUACUGUAACCUUGGGUCCAGCAAGAUAUCCACAACAUCAACACUGCAGAAAUAACAGUGAACGAAAUUUAGGCAUGGAAACCAGGGAUAAAAUUAGAUAAAACAAAACACAACCAGAAAAUGAAGAAAAUACGAGUGACACAAGGUGGAGGUUUAGUGCAACAGUGAUGUUACAUAAGUUACCUAACAGACAAUACUUGCUCAAAGUGCUACUUAUUAUGAGAUUAUUUUGUGUGCAUGUAGUUGCUGUGCAGUUAAAUUUUCUGUCCUGUGUGUUGUCAAUUUAAGAAAACUCGUGAAGAUGCAACGUGAGUGAAGGGGAAGAGGCUCAUUUUAUGGUUCACUUGUAAAAUGUGAACAUUCAAAGCUGUUUAAUAUGAUUUUCUUACCUUUCCUAACUCCGUGAACCACAGGCCAAAGUUACUAUGUAAUUUUGUGUGUUCAGUAUUCAUUUGGACGUCUAUUGUAGUCUCUGUCAUAUACCCAUUGCUUUCAGUCUAUCCUCCUGUUUAACUUUGUUUUCUCUGUCUCCUCUCUUCAUUUUUGUCAUCUCAUCUCUUCCAAUUAUUAUUCUUGGUCUCUUGUCCCUUCCUUCAUCUCUCAUCCAGUCUGAAAAUCAGUUAUUCUCAUCACCAGUCCUUACCAUAUGUCUCUGCCAUCUCAAAACUCCACCUCAUUAUCAGUUACUACAUCAAUGUUUCUCAUUUCAGUUGCCAGUCUCUGCUUGAUGUUCAGAUCUUCCAUUUUGUAUCAUUUUCCAGUUAUUUUUAUGGUACAGUGUACAGUGCUCAAGUUUACUCUAAAACAGUAAGGUAGGUAAUGAUGCACUGUAUCUCCAAGAAAUAUAUACACCCAUUUUUGCAUGACAAUGGGGGAUCAUGUAAAAAUGGGAUAUAUUGUAGCAUGGCAAAGGACUACUAACACCUUGCCAAUUAAUAUUUAGUUUUUCAUUAAGUGAAAGUAAUCAGUGUAGUACUGUAUGGAUAUUUGUCUUCAGUAAUGUAUUGGUAAUUAAUAUUUUGUUUCUCAUCUAGUAGGUGGUGUAGCACUGUACUGUACUUCUCUUUAACAAGUUAUACAAUGUUGGAAAAAAUUAAAUUUGGUAGAGAAAAACAAGGAAAAUCUUAAGCACCUGCAUGGUAAGGUUUACUGAAGGUUGCAGCCUUACACUGUCCAAGAUCCUUUGCAUCUAUGCUGUGCUACUGCUCACAUUACCAAGCUUACCAUACUUUGUUGUACGUUUCAUCAUCACAAUGACAUGUUCAUAUCUCACCUCUUUGUGAAUUAUAUAAACUAGAAUAAUAAAGAAGAAAUAAGGUAACACAUUACAUGCAAAUUAACAUUCAUGGUGUACUCAUAACU